AUGAGGGGGGAGGGAUGAAGGCAGAAGUUUCAGAAGAAAUAUACAAAACCCUAUGGCAGCUCGAACCUUUAUUUUUCCGGCACACUUUAAAAAGGCUGCAUGAAAAAAACAAUGAUUUUAUUUAAAAAAAUGUUGCCCCAGAGAACUUUAGUAAACAGGGGUACCCUGUUUCCAGCCCAGAGAAUAAUAUUGUUCAAAUUGCUUUGUUGACUUUCUUUUUUUCCUAGGGAAUUUUUUUUUCUCUUUUAGAAAGUCUUUUCCCAUCUCUUGGUAGAAAAGUCCAGCAGUUAUCCAGUUUCUUUCUUCUUUUCUUCUGUUGAAGGAAUCAAAGGAAACAAACUGUCAAGAAAAGGGUGGGAAAAAUUAAGUCCUGUGGGAAAAAAAAUGAAGGAGGGAGGAGAUCUGGGCCAAAUGGUCACAGCACCAAGCAGCCCGGCCAGGGAAUUGAAACAAUCCUGCUCCUUUUGGGAGCCCCAUGGGGGCGGCUAGCCCCGGUCCCAGACUUGGCUGGGCCAAGACUUAGCCUGGAGGUGGUGAUACCUGGAGCAGGGACAUGCAGGGACGCGGGAAAGGCCCAGUUCCUCUGGUUCAGGAGGUGAAAGGUCUUCAGGAAGUUUCUAGGUCAGGCCGUUGUUAUUGUCUUUGUGAGUUGAGAGGAUCCCUGACAUAAGAAGGCUCUCUGCUCAGCCUGCUUCUUCCUUCUGUCUCUUUCCGAGUUCUGUCUUUCCUUCCGAUGAGACUCUGUGUGGGUGAGAGAGACCUGAUGGACACGGAGGGAGGCAGAGGCAGGAGGCCUCAGCUCAGAGAAGGGUAUUGCUGAUGCUUUUAGAGUCUCCCAGUCUCCCCCUUCUUGAGCCACCCUCUCCAGAGUUGGGGUGGAGGAGAUAGGGGGAGGAAGGAGGAGAGGUUAGAGGCUAGUGUGCUGGCACAGGAGAGAAAGCAAUGACUUUUGCAGUAAGCAGGAAGAUUCUAGACCUAGCCAGACCCCAAAGGAGUACCGUCCUUAUUUUUAAGUGGAAAUGAAAACCGGUGGGCUUUUACUUUGCAACUAAAGCGUUGAAAUUAAGGAAAAUCCAUUGCCGGCCAGGAAGCGGCCUCAGCAUCUGCUGUGAAGAUGCCGGGGUUGGGGAGAGGAAAAAUCCCUAUUGAUGUCAGUUCCCUUUUCAGUUCCUAAGAUGGAUUCGAGCCGCAGUCCUCUUCUCCCCCUUGUGUCUCUUCUCUCACCCCGCAGGUCAGCGGCUCCGAACAGACCCCGGGAGGAGGGGGGCAGAAAGGGGAGGGGGGGUCCGGCGCCUCACGUGACCCCCAGGGGUGCCAAUGUCCGGUCGUGAGGGUCUCAGGCCCUUGCAAGUUGCCACCCACUGCCCGGGUUUCGCCCAGCGAUGCAGAAAGCCACCUACUACGACAACAACGCCUCGGCCGCACUCUUCGGAGGCUACUCCUCGUACCCUGGCAGUAAUGGCUUCGGCUACGAUGGGGCCCCCCCACCCCCCUUCCAGGCCGCCACGCACCUGGAGGGUGACUACCAGCGCUCGGCGUGCUCGCUGCAAUCCCUGGGCAACGCCGCCCCGCAUGCUAAGAGCAAGGAGCUGAACGGCAGCUGCAUGAGGCCGGGCCUGGCCCCCGAGCCCCUGCCCGCCCCGCCCGGCUCACCCCCGCCCAGCGCCGCACCUACCAGUACCACUAGCAACAGCAGCAGUGGGGGCGGGGCCGGCAAAAGCGGCCCCCCCAAAUGCGGUCCCGGCUCCAACUCCACCCUCACCAAACAGAUAUUCCCCUGGAUGAAAGAGUCGAGGCAAACGUCCAAGCUGAAAAACAGCUCCCCCGGCACAGCGGAGGGCUGCGGCGGUGGCGGCGGCGGCGGCGGCGCAGGCGGAGGCGGAGGCGGUAGCGGCGGCAGCGGUGGGGGCGGCAGCGGCGGCGGGGGAGGGGACAAGAGCCCCCCGGGAUCCGCGGCGUCCAAGCGGGCGCGGACGGCAUACACGAGCGCGCAGCUGGUGGAACCUGGAAAAGAGAUUUCCACUUUAACGCUCACCUGGUGCCGGCCCGCCCGCGUGAAGAUGGCCAACCUGGUGAACCUCAGCGAGCGGCAGAUCCAAGAUUGGUUCCAGAACCGGCGCAUGAAGUACAAGAAGGGAUCAGAAGGCCAAAGGGCCUUGCCUCGUCGUCCAGAGGCCCCUUCCCCCGCCGAGCAGCCCCCCGCCAGCCCAUGACAGUCAACGAGCAGGCUUUCAUGAACGCCUUUACACUCCCAUGACCCCAGCUACGGAGAAGCCCGUCCCCCGCCCCACCUUCGAGCAAAAGCCCACCCGAAUGCCUACGGCUGUCCUCAAAACUACCAGCCCUCUCUCAAAGGCUGCGGCGCCCCGCAGAAAUACCCGCCCACGCCGGCGCCCGAUUACGAGCCCCACGUUCUCCAAGCCAACGGGGGCGCCUACGGGACGCCCACCAUCCAGGGUAGCCCGGUGUACGUGGGCGGGGGCGGCUACGUGGAUCCGCUGCCGCCCCCUGCCGGCCCCUCCCUCUACGGCCUCAACCACCUUUCCCACCACCCCUCGGGGAACCUGGACUACAACGGGGCGCCCCCUAUGGCCCCCAGCCAGCCCCACGGACCCUGCGACCCCCACCCCACCUACACAGACCUCUCCUCUCACCAUGCGCCUCCUCCUCAGGGUAGAAUCCAAGAAGCGCCCAAGUUAACACACCUGUGAUGGGAGAGGUGGGGGGGGGGGCGGA